GUUAUACUUUUAAUGUUGUCAUACUUAAAUCUUCUUGUAUAUCCUGUAAAAGAAUAUCCUCUUAUAUACAAUUAUCAGCGGGAAAUAAAAUCAUCUAGCAGAUGGCUGCCUCUCUGCAUGAGGGACCAGCAAUAAGCUUUGAAAUUAAUCAAUUAUAUCCAGAUUCUUCUAUACUGUUUUGAAUGUUUUUUCCCAAGAAGUGGUAUCCAUUUUCCUGAAUCACGUGCUUUGCAUUACUCGACCCGUUGGUUACUUUGCAUUACAGUUCUGCUCCAGAAUUAGUUGGGUUGCUGUGUGAGUUGAAUGAUGCACUGGAACAGCUUGAAACUAGAAUCAACCCAGUUCUAAGCAAGGUACCAAUGUGUCUUUUGUUUACGUUUUAAUCUUUAACUUCUUUGCAUCUGAUAUCAUUGAUUGUGUCCCAGAGAAUAGUUUUCCCCCCUUUCCUUUCACACAUCACCUUUUGAAGCCACCCUGAUUUUGCAUGAAAGUGGGUUAAUGUUAUAAAAAAUUUGUGUUUGUGCAGGCUAAAGAAAGUGGUAUCCCUGUGGACGGUGGACUUCGAUUUUUGGAGGCAAACCAGCUCCUUUUGCUGGCAUAUUGCCAAGCCAUAACAUUCUAUCUUCUUCUCAAGUCUGAAGGUCGCCAAGCUAAUGACCAUCCUGUCAUUGCCCGCCUUGUUGAGCUCAAGGGCUUAUUGGAUAAGGUUUUUCAUCCUUCAUAAAGCUAGACUUGGUUGUUUAUUCAAAUGUCCCACUAAUGAAUGGUGUGUCUGUGAUGCGCAACUUGUGGCCUGUUGCAUUAUAUUGCAUGUCAUAAUCGGUAUGUGAUAGUGUGGGCAUCAGUGUCUUGCUUUGCAACUCAUCCAUAAUCUACAACAGCUGUUCGAAAGUAGUCGAUCCUUUUUAUCAUGUACCAGGCAAAAAACUUAUGCAAUUAAUAAUAUGGAUGCUCCUCACACAACUAGUAUCUUUAUUAGCCAUUUUCUUACAUCCUUGGCGUUUUGUUUUUCUUUGAAAGUCUUUCAGUGAACAUACUUCUGUAAAACAGGCUGAUGUUUGGAAAAACUGGGAGUGAUCAGAUGAAAAGAAUUAGAGCUAUCAGCUAUGCUUAUCCAAUCUGCUAGAAUGUUGGUUGAAUCAACUUUCCUUAAACAUCCCCAUUUGUCCAGUAGAUUUUAAUCUCCUAGCUAUGUCUGCUGUGCUCCAAUAGAUGAAACAACUAGAUGGAAUCAAAGCUAGAGGAGUUUCUCAACGAAAAUAUCAGUCCUGAAGCUCUUGGCAAGUUAAUGAAAAAGGAGGCUGUAUCUUUGUUGGCGGCUGAUCUAGCGACAAAGGAGCAUGAUCUUUCUCUUCUCUCUGCUGAUACACGGGAAGUUGCAGAGGUCGAUCCAAAUUCACAUCUCUCUUUUCCUCCCUGAAUAUUCCAGGUGAUUCAUGCUCAUUUAUGUUAUUAACAAUUGGCAUUCUACCUCUACUAUCUGUACUGCAGUCACAUCAGACAAAUGGGCUGGCGAAUGGAAACUCAUUGAGUGACCAUCCAAGGAAAGGAGUGAAAGAAGGAAGGAAUAAGCGCAAGGUGAAACAUCUUAUUUUUCUUCUCCACUGUUAUCGCAUUGAAACCUCCUUCGUCCAUCUCUGCUCUUUUCAUUUUUGGUCUGAUGAUUUGAUGUCUAUUAAAAUCAACAGAAUGAUAAGGUCUUUUUUUUAUUUUUUGAAUAAAGAUUUCAUUCAUUCAAUCCCGAAAGAGGAAGGGUUUACAGCAAAGGUGCCACAAUAGAAAGGACCGAGAUCCAAUCAGGCGGAAGAGAAAGACAACGAGCAUUACGAGCGACCCAAUCGGCACAUUUGUUCUCACGACGACAGGUGAAAGAAAUAUGAAUCCAUCUACACUGAAGGAGCAACUCUUUCACACGAGAGAGAAGAGCAAAGCACCGCCAUGGCCAGAGUGAUUCAUAACAGAAUGAUAAGGUCGGUGUUGAAAGUACAGAAAUGUUGAGAAUACGAGCCGCCCUGGAGGAAAAACUUAAGCAAAAGGGGGUCUUCAGCUUUGUUUCUCCCGAGGUGGAUAAAGUCAAGAAGAAGAGCAAAAAAGCAAACAGCCACCUCGAAACACGUGAUGAUUUUGAUGAUGAUGCCAUUGAUCUCAAAAAUGGCCACCAUGGAGCAGUUGACAGACCAACAAACUUGUAUUCCAAGAAGCUGAAGGUAAUUUCUGGUGACGAAGAUAUACCCAAGAGAGAUGAUAUUGGGGAGAGGAGGAGGAAACAUGAACUUAGAGUAUUGGCCACUGCUGGAGUAAGAUCCGAGGAUAACGCUGGGGAUGAAGAUGAGUUCGACCACCAGGAACAAGAUGGUGACGCAUGUCCUGAAUCCGAAGAGGAGAGUGAUGCAGAAGAAUACUCGGGAGAUGAGUCUGAAGAAGAAGCUAAUGACGUCAAGGAUGUGGAACCGGGCGCUGCAAAAGCUGAGAAAAGAAAUGCAGCAGCUCCAUCUUUCCCCGAACCAGUUGAUGGAAAACGACUCAUCACGUAUCAGAUGGAGAAGAACAGAGGCCUUACCCGAAAACGAAAGAAGCUGAUUAAAAAUCCGAGGAAGAAAUACAGGGUUAAGCAUCAAAGUGCAGAGAAACGGAGGAAAGGGCAAGUGGUUAGUAUCAAGAAACCGACCGGGCCUUAUGGAGGUGAAGUUUCUGGCAUCAACCCUGGAGUCAGCAGAAGCAUUCGAAUGUGAUAAGUAAAAGAGACGGCAGAGGUGAUUCAGAGACUGCACAUCAUCCAUGCCUGUGCAGGAGCAAACUAUGUAUGUUGAAUUGUUGAUGGCAUGAUCUGCAAUUUUGACUGUUAAUAAUUAAGUAUUAAUUAA